UUUGCCCACCCCCCCAGCACCAGGUGUGGCCACUAGCCUAUAUGAAGGCCCAAAAUUGUGUGUUCCUUUCUGCUCUGACAAUGGCAUGCCCAUUCUUGCGAGAUGUGGUGGAUGAAGAAGCACUUGUGCUGAGGAGAGCCUUCAGGCCAGAAAGGGUCUUCAGGGACCGUUUGGACCCACUGGCCUUCCCUGAUGACCAUCUUUAUGAAAGAUACAGGUUUUCUGCAGAUGGCAUCAGGUAUCUAUGCAGACUACUGGGUCCCAGGAUUAAGCACCGCACUGCAAGGAGCCAUGCACUGAGUGUGGAGCAAAUGGUUUGUGUGGCCUUGCGCUUUUUUGCUAGUGGAGCCUUCCUGUACUCAGUGGGGGAUGCAGAACAGCUGAACAAGGCCACAAUUUGCCGCACAAUAAGGAGUGUGUGUCUGGCUAUCAAAGCAUUAGCAGAUGUCUUCAUCUCCUUCCCUGGCCACAGAAGACUCUGUGACAUGAAAGAGGAGUUCUAUAGGAUUGCAGGUUUCCCCAAUGUCAUUGGUGCAGUGGACUGCACACACAUAAGGAUAAAAGCCCCCUCAGGUGCCCAUGAGGCCGAUUUUGUGAAUAGGAAAUCCUUUCACAGCAUUAAUGUUCAGAUGGUCUGCAAUGCUGACUGUGUGAUCAGCAAUGUUGUGGCGAAAUGGCCUGGCUCAGUCCAUGACUCCAGAAUCUUUCGGGCCUCUGAAAUCUAUCAGUGCCUAUCACAAGGUGAAUUCUCUGGUGUGUUGCUGGGAGACCGGGGGUAUGGCUGCCAGCCUUUUCUCCUGACACCUUUCACAGACCCCCAGGAAGCACAGCAGGCCUACAACCAUGCCCAUGCCAGGACCAGGGCCAGAGUUGAAAUGACCUUUGGCCUCCUGAAGGCACGCUUUCACUGCCUUCACAAAUUAAGGGUCAACCCUGUUAGGGCAUGUGAUAUUACUGUGGCUUGUGCUGUCCUCCACAAUGUAGCCUGCCUGAGGAAGGAGAGGGCCCCCAGAGUGCCACCAGCCAUGGACUGGGACAAUCCGGCAAUCUUCCCUGAUGACGACAGUGGUCGGCUGCUGAGGGACCAAUAUGUGUUGAAUUAUUUUAGUUAGUAUGUGUGCUUUCAAUUUAGGUAAAAAAUGUCCUGUUGUGGCAGAGGAAAUAGGGUUUUUUUGGGUUGUUUUUUUUUUUUUAGGAAUUUGGCCUCUUAUGAUGUUUGUGCGGUAUACUGUGUGUAAUACAAGGCUGCAGGGAGGCUACUGCAUCCAUUCAUUUGUCUGUUCAGUUGAUGUGUAUGGAUUUGUCCUGCAUUUAUUUUAGUGUGCAGACAUGCAGGGUGUGUUAUAUACAGACCUUUGAAUGUGUAUGUAUCAUUUUGUAUUAUAUGCUUUGAUUCUGUGCUUUCCAUCUUGUAGAGUCACUGUGACUUCAGUUUCGAAAGGAGCUGAUAGUUUACCUGCUUUGUUUUGUCCUUAUUCAAUAAAGGAACAUAAUGUUACACAUUGUGUUUUUAUAUUCA